CCAACACCGACACCAUGCGCGAAAUUGUUCACGUUCAGGCCGGCCAGUGCGGUAACCAGAUUGGUGCCAAGUUCUGGGAGGUCAUCUCCGACGAGCACGGCAUUGACCCAACGGGCACUGCCACGGGCGACUCGGACCUCCAGCUCGAGCGCAUCAACGUCUACUACAACGAGGCCACCGGCGGCAAGUAUGUGCCCCGCGCCGUCCUCGUCGAUCUGGAGCCCGGCACGAUGGACUCCGUCCGCUCCGGUCCCUACGGCCAGAUCUUCCGCCCCGACAACUUUGUCUUCGGCCAGUCUGGCGCCGGCAACAACUGGGCCAAGGGCCACUACACCGAGGGCGCCGAGCUUGUCGACGCCGUCCUCGACGUUGUCCGCAAGGAGGCCGAGGGCUGCGACUGCCUUCAGGGCUUCCAGCUCACACACUCCCUCGGUGGCGGUACCGGCUCUGGCAUGGGCACGCUGCUCAUCUCCAAGAUCCGCGAGGAGUACCCCGACCGUAUCAUGAACACAUUCUCCGUCGUGCCUUCCCCCAAGGUGUCCGACACCGUCGUCGAGCCCUACAACGCCACCCUCUCUGUCCACCAGCUUGUUGAGAACACCGACGAGACGUACUGCAUCGACAACGAGGCCCUCUACGACAUCUGCUUCCGUACCCUCAAGCUCACCACCCCCACUUACGGCGACCUCAACCACCUCGUCUCCGCCUGCAUGAGCGGUGUCACCACCUGCCUCCGCUUCCCUGGCCAGCUCAACGCUGAUCUGCGCAAGCUCGCCGUCAACAUGGUUCCCUUCCCCCGUCUCCACUUCUUCAUGCCUGGCUUUGCUCCUCUCACCAGCCGCGGCUCCCAGCAGUACCGCGCCCUGACCGUCCCCGAGCUCACCCAGCAGAUGUUCGACGCCAAGAACAUGAUGGCCGCCUGCGACCCCCGCCACGGCCGCUACCUCACCGUCGCCGCCAUCUUCCGUGGCCGCAUGUCCAUGAAGGAGGUUGACGAGCAGAUGCUCAACGUCCAGAACAAGAACAGCUCGUACUUUGUCGAGUGGAUCCCCAACAACGUCAAGACCGCCGUCUGCGACAUUCCUCCCCGCGGCCUCAAGAUGUCUGCCACCUUCAUUGGCAACAGCACCGCCAUCCAGGAGCUCUUCAAGCGCGUCAGCGAGCAGUUCACCUCCAUGUUCCGCCGCAAGGCCUUCCUUCACUGGUACACUGGCGAGGGUAUGGACGAGAUGGAGUUCACCGAGGCCGAGUCCAACAUGAACGACCUCGUCUCCGAGUACCAGCAGUACCAGGACGCCACCGCUGAGGAGGAGGGCGAGUUCGACGAGGAGGAGGAGGAGUACGAGGACUAA